AUGCAGGAUAGACUGACUGUCAGUCCUGACAUAUACCCAAGCUUAAGCAUUUCAAUCAGCAAGAUUUACAAGGAUGGUGGUGUUGGUGCCCUUUAUGCUGGUCUUUCUCCAACACUAAUGGGCAUGCUUCCAUAUAGUACUUGUUACUAUUUCAUGUAUGACGAACUAAAGAAAUCCUACUGCCAAUCAAAGAAGAAAAAAUCUCUAAAUCGUCCGGAGAUGGUUGUACUUGGAGCUCUUGCAGGUUUUAUUGCUAGCACCAUAAGCUUUCCAUUGGAAGUAGCCAGAAAACGGCUAAUGGUGGGAGCUUUGCAGGGUAAGUGUCCACCAAACAUGGUAGCAGCACUUGCUGAAGUAAUCCGGGAUGAGGACUUAACGGGUCUUUACAGAGGGUGGGGUGCUGUUUAA